AAAAAGGGGGUUGAAACUUUAAGCAGACGGUCUACACACGGAUCCUUAUCACUGAAGAUAGGUUGACUGUGCCACUGCCAAAAAACUUCUGUCUUUAAAUUCACAACUCAUUUCUUUAAUUACAUAAGCUAACAUGAGUUUUCUGUCUGUUAAUAUAUUUCUACAUAUCAACUUAUUGUUCACUAGAAGUUUCAUGAUCAUGUUGCUAAGCUUUAUAGCUAUUCAACUAAACCUUUGUUUCUCAAACAUCCCCUCUUCAUUGACCACAAUAAAUGUCAAUGGACAUUUCAGUUUCACCAACAAUGAAUUUGCAGCGAAAGAUUACGGGAACCAAUAUCAGUUUCUGCCUUUAGCAGUCUUGCAUCCUAAAUCCGUUUCUGAUAUAGCCAAGACCGUUAGGCAUGUUUGGGAACUGGGUCCGAGCUCAGAGCUCACGGUUGCAGCCCGAGGCCAUGGUCACUCGAUUCAAGGUCAAGCACAGGCUCACCAUGGCGUUGUCAUCAAUAUGGAAUCGUUAAAAUCGCCAAAAAUGCAUUUCCAUCUUGGGGAUGGUUUACCUUUUGUGGAUGUUUCUGGAGGGGAAUUAUGGAUUAAUAUCCUGCAUGAAAGCCUUAAAUAUGGGCUGACGCCGAAAUCUUGGACAGAUUAUUUGCAUCUAUCGGUUGGCGGUACUUUGUCCAAUGCAGGCAUCAGUGGACAGGCAUUUCGCCAUGGUCCACAGAUCAGUAAUGUCCACCAACUCGAAGUUGUUACAGGGAAGGGAGAGGUGGUGACAUGUUCAGAGCAACAGAAUGCCGAUCUUUUCAGCGGUGUGCUUGGAGGACUUGGUCAAUACGGGAUAAUUACUCGAGCAAAAAUUUCAUUAGAACCAGCUUCACAGAUGGUAAAAUGGAUCAGAGUGGUGUACUCAGAUUUCUCGACUUUUACACGAGAUCAAGAACACUUGAUAUCUUCGGAAAAUACAUUUGAUUACAUUGAAGGACUUGUGCUUGUAAACAGAACAGGUGUUCUUAAUAAUUGGAGAUCGUCUUUUAACCCCAAGUACGAUGAGCAAGCCAGUCGAUUCAGAUCAGAAGGAAGAACCCUUUUUUGCCUUGAGCUGGCUAAAUACUUCAAUCCAGACAAUAUUGUUGAAACAAAUGAGGAAAUUGAGAGCUUGUUAUCUGAGUUGAAGUAUAUACCAUCAACACUUUUCAUGACCCAAGUUACAUACGUCGAGUUUUUAGACCGAGUUCAUACGGCAGAGAUUAAAUUACAAGAAAAGGGAUUAUGGGACGUGCCACACCCGUGGCUUAAUCUUCUUGUUCCAAGAAGUAAAAUUCACAAAUUUGCUGAUGAAGUUUUUGGCAAUAUUCUUGUAGAUACAAGCAAUGGUCCUGUCCUUGUCUACCCAGUCAACAAAUCAAAAUGGAGCAACAUGACUUCAGCUGUAUUGCCAGAGGAAGAUAUAUUCUACUUAGUGGCAUUUCUAUCACAAGCAAAUCCACUAUCCACAGGAAAAGAUGGUUUAGAACAUAUUUUGAGUUUAAAUAAAAGAAUAUUGGAUUUCUGUGAAGAAGCUCAACUUGGUGUGAAACAAUAUUUAGCACACUAUGCCACACAAGAUGAGUGGCGGGCCCACUUUGGUCAACGAUGGGAGACCUUUCAACGGAGGAAAAUGGCUUAUGACCCAUUAGCGAUACUUGCUCCUGGCCAUAGAAUUUUUCAAAAAGGAGUAUUAGAUUUAUAACGACCAUUUUGGAAAGAAGAAAACGACCCUCAAACCAAUCUGUUGUGGUGGACUAGUUUGAGAAAAAGAAAAAAAUCUUGAACUCGAUAUUCAGUUCACAUUCUCAUAACAGACUUGACUUGAAUUUUCUUAAAAAAAAAGAGUUAGGACUCCAAUCCGGUGCGAAGAAUAAAAACCGGCCACGAAAUUUUCUUGGAUGAGUCACACUUCAUUCAUUCUUUGAACAUGUUGUAACACCUCAGUAUGUGAACAUGUACAAAUGUUAAAUUGAUGUAAAUUUUUAUUUUUUACAAUUUUAAGGAGAAAAUUUUUCUUUCUAGUGUACUAUUUGUUAUAUGAUGUAAUGUAAUGUAAUAAUCAACUUCUUUGACUCUU